AAAAAAAUUUAAUUUAGCGCGUAACUUUUUCUAGGUGUCAUAAGAGUCAGUUUUUGCUCCCCGAAUUAUUGGUUUACCAAAAAUCAAUUUAUCUUCUUCUGCAACUAAGUAAUGGAGCAAAAAAACUUGUCCAAAGUUAAAUGCAAGUUUGUAAACACAGGUAGCAAAUUUAAUUCAAACAAAUGUUAUGGCACUAAUGUUGCACUGCACUAAUAUAACGCCAUUAAAACCCAUUAGCAUUACAUAAACAACAAAAUGUGCAUUAAGCGAUUGUAUAAUGUACAAGCAAGUAGGUAAGAUUUCAUUUAGAUUGUGUAUGUGAACGAACAGUAUCAAAAUGCGAAAUAAAGUUGUAACAGUUUUGAGUAUUUUAUGUUUUGCAGCGAUAUGUGGGCAAAGGGCAACAGCAACACCAGCAACAACAACUGCAACAACAACAUCAACAAAUCUCCCAGCAGAUCCAUGGUGCGAUACAUGGUCUUGUCAGAUCAAGCUUGUUGGAUUAAGACGGGAAUGCAAAUUCUAUCCUUUUCUGUGGACCAUAUCUUGCAACGCCUACAAAGUUAUAAAAUGGGACCCAGCGACAGGAAUCGAAAAUUGCGACGGAGGUGCAUGUUGUACAUCUACUGACCCCAUAACAGCUCCAACAAGAUGCAUUGUUGUGGACGAAGAAUGCGAGAAUGUAACUUCCAUAAAUUCGUCUGGUUCACUUACUACUUGCUUUAACCUAGACCCAUUCAUCGACACUCCUACAAGCACAAAUCCGACAAUCACUUCAGCAGGAACAAUUGCAACAAGAACAAAUGGAGCGACAAGAACAACCCGACAAACGACAACAAGAGGAGCUCAAACAACAAGACAAGGAACAACAGACAGAAGUACAAGAGAACGCACAGCAACGUCACGACAACAAACAACAGCAACAACAGAAACGACAACACAAUUAACAACACCAAUAUCUUUACAAACUUCGAUCCCAAUUAUAAAAGUUGAAUUUUACACAACAAUGCCGUUAGUAGAAUCCUCCCAAUUGCCACCUAGCAUUCCACAAACUACAAGUUUAAAGGGUAUUGUUGACGUCAUAAAUCAAUUUCACGGGCCAAAAAACACGUCUCGUGAUGUCAUAUCCGCUUUGGAAGUAAUGGAGGAAAAAGUAAAGGAAAAAUUGCUCAAUAAGCAAAAUGAGGAAACAGGUGACGUCGAACUAGCCGUCGCUAGAGGGCGGUGUGGAGAGACUCCGUGGUUAAAUAUGACACGAUAUAGAGCCGUCAGCAACUUGGAUCAAAACUGUUCCGACGUCAUCGUGACAUCAUCGCAAUUUUACAUAAAAGGUGACGUCAUGAAAAGUUUAACCGAACACAAACCGAAGAAUUCAUGGAGUGGGCACCGAAGUCUGGAGAUGCCUACGUCAUCAAUACCAUAUCUUAGUAUCACCGCUUAUGACGCAACGAACGGAACACAAUUGAACACGUCAGUUACGUUCGUUGCGUCACUACCUGCAUUUGAUCUCCUCGAAACUGAAAUCGAACAAUUGAUUGAAGGAAAUGUCACAAAGGACACCAUCUACGUCACAAAUACUGAAUAUAAAUGCAGCUUUAUUGACGUCACAAAGGCUUCAUUCUCUGACAUUGGUUGUGUGCGAACAAUGCGUAAUAUCUCGGGUACUGUGACGUGUUCAUGCAACCAUACCACGGUGUUCGCGAUUCUACUGUCAGUCAAGAUCAUUGCUGUUCCUUAUGCUGUAAAGAUAUGCUCUUACGUCACACAAUCAUUCUCCGUCAUAAUGCUGAUUGUGACGUUUAUCACAUUAAUGUACUAUAGAAAUCUUAUAAACAGCGAUCGAACCAUAGUGCAAAUAAACAUCUCCAUUUCUCUCCUGUUAUUACAUGUGACGUCACUGUUGCAUGACGUCAUGCUACCGAACGAAGUGACGUGCGUGGUACAAGCACUUGCGACGCAUUUCUUCUUGCUAACGACAGCCUCGUGGAUGAUGACCGAAGGUUUGCGACUUCACACCAAAACGUCAUCAAACGUCAUCGCGUAUGGGAAUCUCGAUGCCGACAAUAGAAACGCUAUAUAUUUGUUCAUAGGGUGGGUAGCGCCCGCUAUUAUCGUUGGGACGUCGGCCGGAGUUGGCUUUUCGACAGGGGAUUACAUGCACCCGUGCUACCUUUAUAAAGAAGCGACCAAAAAUGGAACAAACACAACUGUCCGUAAAUAUGACAUCUGUUGGUUAAACCCAACAACAUCGUUGUACAUUGGUACGGUUAUAGGCCCUGUGGCUUUCUGCUUAGGCGUCAAUGUCAUAGUGGCGCUCAAAGUAAUGCUAACACUCGGGAAGCUGAAAGCUCAAUCGCAACAACUUCAACCACAGAAAAGUCGAGAAGCAGCUCAAACGUCAAUCAAGUAUAUUUCUUCGGCAAUAAAAGCGCUAGUGACGUUGCUUCCGGUGUUGGGAAUAUCAUGGGUGCUGGGAUUUUUCACAG